CCCCGCCCCGCCCCCCGCUUCCCCCGGGGCCCCGCCUCCCGGGCCGCACAUGCUCGAGACGAGCACGCGCCCGGCACGGGCACGAGACACGCGGGGAGACACGGGGCCGCUCGGGGGAGACACGCGGAGACACAUUGACCGAAACACACGAGGGUGGUGGGGACACACACACACAAAGGUACACAGAUUCAGGGACGUAGACACGGGGACAGAUGCACAGAGACACUAGAACUGAAAGAGACAUUUAGACACGGGGAGACAGACGGGGACACUUGCCAGUGACACCUCUACAGAGCUGCAGAGUGCCGCCCCGUCCCGGCACUUCUGAACUCAUCCCUGUCCAGCACAGCUGCGCGCCCUGCCCCAUUGCCCAGCUGAGCUGACAGCCAUCGGCCCGGACUUCCCUGCAUGCGGUGGAAGCACCAACGGCGAGCAGCAGCAGCAGUGGGAGCAGAAGAAUAAGAGGAGGAGGAGGAGCCCCAAGUCGGCGGAUCCACUCUCUUCGGUGCAGCUCGGGACGCAGCGAGCAGUGAGUGGGGCAGCGCUCUCUCCGCACACAGCGAGACUCGGCGCUGGCGUAGGGGGCAGGCUCGGGCGAUGGUUUCCGCGUGAUCCACGGCAGCCCGUCCACCCCCCGUUCCCCCCCACCCCGGCGUCCACCCCCCACCCGCGCGCCAGCGUCCGCCGCCAGCACCGCUGUCGCGAGCCAGAAAGACGCGCGGACGGACGGACGAGGGCGCGCGCUAAAUGCGUGAGAGCGGCACGAGCGUGGGAGCGACGCGGGAGCCCAGCCCCGAGGAGACGUUCCGCAUGGACCUGCAGCGCGGGGCGGCGGCGGCGGCCGCGUUCCGCAUGGAGAACGCGGCCUACCUGCAGGGCCCGCUCACCUCCCCCACCGCGCUCAUGGUGCUCGCCUCCACGGCCGACACGGGCCGCGCCGAGCAGCAGCAGCGUGCAUUCGCCGCGGUCGCCGCCGAGAAGGAGGCCGCCGCCGCCGCCGUGCACAUCCCCUUUUCCAACGGCUCCUAUGCCUUCGCUUCGCUCUACCACCGGCCCGCCGUCGCCAUGGCCGGCUACGGCACGCGCGAGUUCCCGCCCCCGGGCCUGCUCCACCUGCACCCGCAGUUCGCGACGGCGCCGCCGCCGGGCCUCGGCCUGCUCGGCCACGGCGGCGUCGGCGCCUUCCGGCCGUUCGCCUCGCCCGGCGACGACCGGGACGGUUCCAACGGGGCCUCCGGCGGCGGAGGCAACGGCGGCGGGGGCUGCGGCUACCAUCAGUCGGCGUUCACGCCCGCCAAGCGACUCAAGGGCGUGCUGGCGCAGGCCGAGGCGGAGGGGGCGGCCGCGGCCGCGGCGGCCGCGGCCGCGGCCGCGGCGCUGCACCUGCGCUUCUCGGAGCCGGAGGAGUACGGGCCGGCGCACCCAUCCCUGCCGCACCCUGCCCACAGCCGGCCCUCGGCGUCGCCUGGCAGCCUCAAGCUGGAGGAGCACAGCAAAAUGGCGUUCACAGUGGCCGGCCUCGUCGCGUCCGAUCGGGAUGGCCUGCCCAGCCCCCAAGAAGGACGGAAGAAGGCGAGCCUCUUCGACGGACUCAGCCCCACCAGCUGCCCCGUGUGCGGCGUGACGCUGCGGCCCGGGGAGCUGCGUGAGCACCUGGAGCAGGAGCUCAACACCCUGCGGCAGCUCUUCAGCGCGAAGAAACCUCUGUCCAGGGACCCCCUGCUGCUCGGCCACAGCAAGCUGUCUCCGUGCUCGUCGUCGGACAGGAGGCGAGAGGGGGACAUCCCGUCGCUGUCUCCCAUCUCGUCCGAGGAUCUUCAGCUGUCGGAUCGCUACCAGACCUUCCUACGCGUCAGAUCCAACCGCCAGUCAAGACUCAAUGCUCGCAUCGGGAAGAACAAGAGGAAGAAGCCGUUGGAGGAAGGGCAGUACGAUGGCUCGUUCGCCAACGAGGACGAGGACAUGGAGACGGAGGGCGAGCGGAGGGUGGGAGGAGGCCACCAUCGUUACGACGAGUUCGAGUGGUGCCGGCCCCCGCGGCUGCCCGCGCCGCCACUGCUCGACGGCGCCGCCAAAGGCGCUCACCCGAUGCUGGCGCUGUCCGCGCUGCACGGCACUCGCCUCGACGGCCACGACAGCGACGCGGACCUGGACGUGGACGGGGACGACACGCUGGACUACGGCAAGCCACAGUACUCGGAAUCGGACAUCAUCCCGUGCAGCACGGGAGACAGAAGCGGGGAGCAGCUGGCGCGCGAGAGCCCUCGCCCCGCCGGUGCCAGUGCGGACGGCUCGCCCGCUCCCUCCGCACGCCCCGGCUCCGAGGCCGCUACGUGGCCCAGCGACGAGACCCCGUCCACGAGCGCCGGCGAGGGAGACGGCGCCACCGCCGCCGCGCAGGAUCAGCACAAGUCGGCGGAGGGGGACGGUGACAAGACGGGUCGCGGCGGCGGUGACGAAGUGUCGGGGGCCGUCGUGGCCGCCCUGAAAACUCGCAUCCACGACCUGGAGCGGCAGGUGAAGCGAGGAGACAAACACAAGUGUCUUAUCUGCAUGGACUCGUACACGCUGCCGCUCACCUCCAUCCAGUGCUGGCACGUCCACUGCGAGGAAUGCUGGCUCCGCACCCUGGGCGCGAAGAAGCUGUGUCCCCAGUGCAACACCAUCACCUCCCCCGGAGACCUCCGACGCGUGUUCCUGUAGUGGCGGGGCCGGGCCGGGCCCCCCCCCAACUCCCCCCCGCCGCCGCCGCCGCCGCCGCCGCCGGCUCCCGUCCGGAGCGACGGGGACACUUCCGCCGAAAUGUCACGCGCCUCGGCGCCGAUCGGUGAGCGUCGGCGCUGACGCCGCGAAAAGGGACCAGUGGUGUGAGCGAUGGCAGCGGAGGAGGAGGAGGAGGAGUCGCGUUUUUCCGUGCGUGUCGUUUCCCCCCCCCCCCCGUUUGCGUUUUUCGUGUGUUGGGGGUGGGGGGGGGGGGGCUUCCCUGUUCAAGCGCCCGCUUUGACACGUGGCACGUAGAACGCAGGCCCCGUCCGCUGAGGCCACGGCGGCACGGGUGGUGGGUGUUUUAUUUGGGGGGGGGGGGGGGGCGGGGGCGGGCGAGCGAAGGGGGUUGUGGCCCCCCUUCUCUCGCAGUCCCCGCCAAUGACAAAGAUGCUGCUGCUGCUGCUGCUAUCGCCGCCUCUCGGUUCCUGCAAAGUUUUAGUUUUUACAGUUCUCACUUUCCCCCCCUGUCGUCCCCGUUAAACGUGACGACGGCGGCGGCGGCGGCGGCACGCACAGCUGCACGGGCGCCGGAAACUUCUCAGUAACGGAGCGUAUAUUUCUUGCCGCUUAUUUAAAUAAAUAAAGACAACAAAACAAACGCUAAAAUAAUAAUAAUAAUAAUGAUGACUAGGAAUCUGCUGCCAAUUCAUUGGCUUGUUAUUUAAAUGUCACGUCCAAAAGGUUAUUUUUUUCUUUCUCCGAACAGAAGUGUAUUAAAAUCGGGCCAAAACUGUACGCAUAGGCUGCCCGUUUAGCUUUCUUCCGGAAGAUAUUUUGUCGUUCAUGUAAAGUGAUGUCGUGAUGUUGUACAGAGGAAAUUCUAUAAAACGGGCGAAGCACCGCCCGCGCGUGAACCCGCGGACACGGGGGGGCGAGGCGCGAGGCCUCUCCCCGUAACCGCGCCCCCCCCCCCCCGCCGCAAACGCACACUCGGGACACGGAGGAAAUCGCGGAGACGGAGCGACCGCGGAACGGCCAACCGACGCGCGACGGCGUGCGCCCGCCUAACGGCCGGCGUCUACCGCUGUCGCCAUCUCCGCGAGCAGCGGGGGGCCGCUGCCGUCGUGGGGGAGGGGGGGGGGGGCGGGGGUGGCUCGUGCGC